AUGGUGAUGGAGUUUACUUUUUGUCACUGCAUCCCUCCAAUCAGUUUGGUUUACGUGAUGUUUUUCUUGUUGCUUUUACCGGGUUUUUCGAUCCAACAAGAUAACCGUACUUUCCCAUCGGACAAUGCAUCGAAGAAGAUGGAGUUGAUUAAAUCUCGUCUUAAGAAGAUCAACAGACCUUUUGUCAAGUCAAUUCAGAGCCCAGAUGGUGAUAUCAUAGAUUGUGUUUUGACUCAUCUUCAACCCGCAUUCGAUCAUCCUGAGUUGAGAACAAUAUUGUCGUCGGAUCCUCUAGAACCAUCCAACGGACAACAUAAGGAAGGAAUAGAAUCAGAAUUGAAGCAGAUAUGGAGUUCAAAAGGAGAAUCAUGCCCGUAUGGAACAAUUCCAAUUAGAAGAACAAGCGAAUAUGACAUUUUGAGAUCGAAUCCCGUUUCAAAAUUUGGAAAGAAAUUAAGCACAAAAACUCAUCAAAAUUCCAUCAAUGACGGCCAUAAGCACGCGAGGGGAUACGUAGAAGGAGACGAAUAUUACGGAGCAAAAGCAGCAUUCAAUGUAUGGGAUCCCAGUGUUUCUAAUCGAGAAGAACAUAGUGUUUCACAAGUUUGGGUUGCUACUACUGGUAUCCCACUUCAUGACGAAAACACAAUUGAAGCCGGUUGGACGGUUAAUCCUACACUAUACGGAGAUCAUUCUCCUAGACUUUUCAUUUACUGGACUAAUGAUGGGUACCGAAGUGGAUGCUACAAUUUGUUGUGUCCAGGGUUUGUCCAAACGAACAGUAAGAUCGCAAUUGGAGCUGCUAUAUAUCCAGUAUCAACAUAUAAUGGCACACAGUUCGACAUUAGCUUAUUCAUCUGGAAGAGUCCAAGAAAUGGGAAUUGGUGGUUAAAGAUGGGAUCUGAUGUGGUCGGAUACUGGCCAACAAGUUUAUUCACAGACCUUCAAGAACAUGCAACGUCGAUUGCAUUUGGAGGAGAGGUGUUCACUUUUCAAACAUCGGGUCCGCACACAUCAACCCAGAUGGGAAGCGGUCACUUCUCAAUGGAAGGGUUCGGGAAAGCAUCAUAUAUCAGGAACAUGGAAGUCGUUGAUGGACAAUUUAAGCUAAAUCCUGCGUCUAAUGUGAAUGUAUCGGCAGAAAACGAAAAUUGUUAUGAUGUUAUAAGUGGGGUUGCUGAUAAUUGGGGCAGUUAUAUAUUUUUUGGCGGGCCUGGAAAAAAUCCAAAAUGUCCUUAA